CCCCUCUCGGACCCCAUCCAGGUCAAGACGCAGCAGGGAGUGCCAGGCCAGCCCAUGAACCUGCGGGCAGAGGCCAAGUCAGAGACGAGCAUCGGGCUGUCGUGGAGCCCCCCGCGGCAGGAGAGCAUCGUCAAGUACGAGCUCCUCUUCCGGGAAGGCGACCACAGCAGGGAGGUGGGGAGGACCUUCGACCCGACGACCAACUUCGUGGUGGACGACCUCAAGCCCAACACGGAGUACGCCUUCCGCCUGGCGGCCCGGUCGCCACAGGGUCUGGGCGCCUUCACCUCGGUGGUGCGGCAGCGCACGCUGCAGUCCA